AUGACGGAGAGCAAGAGUCAUGAUGCUGCGGUAGGUGUUGCUAUAGGUGUUGUUGCCCGUCCUGAUCAGGAAAGUCCUCUGGCUGCUGAGAAGACUGAUGAGCCCACCGUUACAGCAGGCACAGACAAAGCCGCUGUGGACAUUGCAGGUACUACCAUUAGUACUUCUAACAUGAUGACCGAUGGUAGCAUCAACUCGUCAGGCAAGGCGGCCAUCUCUAAAGGUGAUGAGUUGCCAGCUGUUGGGGUUCCCUCUCCUCCUAAGAGUCACCAGGAUACCCCCAACACAAACUCCCGUAAAGAAGAGAUGGAGCAGAUCAAUCGUCCUGCUGCUGAGGAGAUCCAGGACCCGGAUGCCAGUGCUAUAGACCUUGCCAUGGAAGAUAUUGCAGGUGCCUCCAUGUCCAAAACAGCCAUGGCACAUGGAACUAGCACCAACUCGAACAAGACAGCUGCACAACCCGUCAUUUCCAAACGGGAAGGAAUGGAAGGAGUCCGCAUACACAACAGUUCUUCCAAACAUGAUCCGUUGGCUGCAUCGAUGCAACCCGAAGUCCAGCCGUUGCCAUUGCGUCGAUCUGCCCAACAGCAACUGGCGGGCAGUCCGGGAGCCUUUGCCACCAAUACGGGUAUCAAUUUUCAGCAGCAGCAGCCGCAAGCGCUACCCACUACUACUAGUACAGGACCAUCGCCAUGGCCCGACGAAAAUUCGUCUCAAUUCCUUUGUCCGUCCAAUAACAACUACCUGAGUGGCAGUGACGACGGGUUGGUAGAAGCCAUUCCCGUCUUGGAGGAGGAAGAAGAACGGGAUCCCGAAAAUAAUGUCAUGGCGGAAGCGCAAGAAAUCGAUAUUCAAGAGCUGCAAGAACGAAAAGCUGCUCGAGAAGCCGACCGAAAACGAAAGGAACGAAACUGCCGCAAAAUGGGAGUCGGAAUGGUCCUGUUGUGUAUUCUGGUGGUUGCUGCCAUUAUUCUAGAUGGAGAGUACAUUGAAAAGCCUGCCGAUCAACAACUGGAUCCGUGCAAUGAAAUGGGAGAAUUUGUCUACCUCGAUGUCAAUGGGUUGGAGCUGGGUGGCGACACUAUUGAAGUCAUUCCUUCCAUACCACGAGAGAUUGUUCUGUUGACGUCCUUGGUGGCCAUCAACCUCAACGACAAUGACGUUCAUGCGCCACUCCAUGCCAUUCUUCCCAACGAACUAUACUACGAAAUGACCUCCUUGACCGAUCUGUCCUUUCGCGUGAACCAACUCACUGGUACCCUGCCGACCGAAUUGGGAUUGCUGACGAGUCUGGAGCAAAUGAACUUGUUUCGCAACUCGUUGACGGGCAGCGUGCCGAGUGAGUUGGCGCUCCUGACCCACCUGGACAAAAUUGCCCUCUUUGAAAAUUCGCUUUCCGGGUCGCUCCCCACCACGCUGGGGGACACCAUGUGGUUAUGGCAGCGGGCAGGGAAUGGCACCUCCUGGAAGAAUGUUACAGGAUCGAAUGGAGCGCUACAAGCGAGCAAACACCUACACACGUACCCGCUGACCUUGGUGCCGGACUCGGCUUACCGUUUUGUGGUGUCUGACGGCUAUGGCGAUGGAUUCUGGAGGAACGGAUGGAUCACAAUGAUUUUGGGGACCAAUGCAACUGUGAUUUAUGCCUUUGGGGCGGAUGGUGAAUCCUCGUCAUUCUCGGAAGUUGUCGUCGUCAUUGAGGUUGCAAGUGAUGGAUCCCCAGAGUUGUCAGCGACUGUUGCUUGA